AUGGCGACAGAACGCUCUCUGGGUGCUCUUCUACGAUCACUCCAAUCUCCAUCAGAGCUUCGAGAUGCUAUCAACCUCCUUCCAACAGCAACCAGCCUCUUAACUCUCCUCGGGAAUCCUUUGAAUCUUACCUUACUCGCAUCACAGCUCCUGUCGGCUCCAGCGAUAUGGGAACAACCUGUCGAUUUACAAGCAUGUCGGAAAGUCCUCAGCGUCUUCAACACAGCCGCAAUUGCGAUCGCACAAAAUGAAGCGUCAGAGGAGCCGAGGGUACCAUUUGCACAAGCAAAAAAGCUCGAACGUGAAGAAUGGGUGAAGGCGAUUGCAAAUGGAGCAGACGAGAAAUCUCCCCGAUGGAGACAUCUGCUAUUACUAGGCGGCAGCCUGCUCGGAUUCGAAGGCCAGAACAGACAAGGUUUACCGCGGAGUAUUCGGACGAAACUCGAAUCUGCACUUGUGACGGCUGCACAGCUCUCCCUCGAUGAACUGGUUUCCCAGAGCAACAUUGAGGCACAAUGCAUUACGAUGGUCUUGAAUCACACCUUUGAACUCCUGUCCGACUACGAGAGGAGUAAGCUGAACUAUGAUCGUUUACUACCGGUCUUGGUUCAAACGACGUAUCUUUCAACCGAAGGCUUAGAGGGUGGAUACUUCUUGGGAACCAUUGAUAAGGAUAUCGUUGAAGCACCAGGAAAGCGUUUCCAGUGGUUGCCUCAGUCGGACACCUUUGGCCGUGUGACAGCCAUUUCCUCCGGCCCUCUAAUAUCGGCGUUAGGCCCGCUAUCCCGGUUGAUUGCACAUUCAAUAGAGAAUGUUUGUGAUCAAACAUUGGUCUCUCAGUCUGUAGAUCAAAUUGCGCACUUUGCGCGCACACUCAUGGUGCAAUGGCGGCAGAACAAGUUAUCUGAGGUUGACGCAGCAGAGGAAGCAGAGUUUUUGGAUCCCGAAUCGCUCAAGAGCACGAUCCCCAGCUUGUGGAAACUUCUGCGUAACUGUCUAUACUCUGUUGUGAUCGUGCUCCGAUCUGUUUUCGGAAGAGUACUCAAUGAUCACGUUCUCGCUGCUAACAGAAUCGCGCCUUAUCUUUCCAUGCAAGCUCUCCAUAUACUUCGCAAUUUAUACUUUGUCUCAACUCGAAUUGGCCCAAAUUCAUCGUCACAGCACCUGUUCGUGACCCUGACGGCGGUUGACAUCCUUGCACAAUACCCCCAUCUGGCCGAAAAUUUCCUACGAAGCGUCAAACCAAGUGAGCUCGGUCAAAUCCCCCAACAUCCUAUUGAGCGCUGCCUAGACCUUUACUUUUUAAAUGUCGCCGAGCUAUUUACUCCUAUUCUAUCCCCAGAAUGUAGUGAAGAACUUUUGGUAUCCUCGACACUGCCAUAUUUGGCAGCGGGUGGCAACAACCAUCUCCUUGAGAUCUUUGAGGCUGCUCACAGUGUGGCUUUGGCUGUCUUCGCAAUACCAGCCAAUGCGGCUAUAGCAGCCAAGCACCUUCCGUUCUACAUUGAUAACCUCUUUGCUGUCUUCCCUGAUAAUCUAUCUGUUCGUCAGUUCCGGCUUGCCUUCAAGACCGUGAUCCAAGUGACUGCCCCUCCGUCGCUCGUUGCAAACAGCCAGCCUUUGCUUCCUUCCAUCCUACUUGAAGUUUUACACGAAAGAGCUCUCCAGGCAUCUGAUCAGAUGCUGCCGCCAUCCGCGCUCGGAGGAACGGGUGCCGAUAUGGGGCAAUCACCGCCCCUAUCGGAACAAGCAGCUUUGACUCUAGCUUUGAUUGACGGUCUUUCCUUCCUGCGCGUGGAAGACCUUGAAGAGUGGCUACCACUGACAGCCAAUUUGAUCCACGCCAUGAAGGACCCGGCAAUGCGCCAAGUCUGCAUUGAGCGCUUCUGGGAAGCGCUGAGCAGCGGCGAGAUGGAUGUCGAACGCGCCUAUCACUGUGUGACCUGGUGGAGUACAAAAGGCGGCCGGGAACUUGUUCUUUUCGGAAAUGAGCCUCUGGAUGCCGACUCACAGCACGCAGAGGGUCCUUAUAUGAGUGGUGCAGUUGGAGAUGUGGCACGCCAAAGUAAGCUCUGA